AUGGACAUGAACAUGAAGAAGUUCACAGUGCGUCGGUUCUUCUCAGUCUAUCUCCGCAAGAAGUCUCGGUCAAAGAGCUCGAGCCUAAGUAGAUUUGAGGAAGAAGGUAUCGUGAAGGAAAUAGACAUCAGUCAUCAUGUCAAGGAAGGUUUUGAAAAAGCAGAUCCUUCUCAGUUUGAGCUGCUGAAAGUAUUAGGACAAGGUUCAUAUGGAAAGGUAUUUCUAGUGAGGAAGAUCAAAGGAUCUGAUACAGGUCAGCUUUAUGCUAUGAAGGUACUUAAGAAGGCAACUCUGAAAGUUCGGGAUCGGGUACGAUCAAAAAUGGAAAGAGAUAUUUUGGCAGAAGUGAACCAUCCUUUCAUAGUCAAGCUUCAUUAUGCAUUUCAAACAGAGGGAAAAUUGUAUCUAAUACUAGAUUUCCUGCGGGGAGGGGACCUUUUCACCAGACUCUCCAAAGAGGUGAUGUUUACAGAAGAGGAUGUCAAGUUCUACUUAGCUGAGCUGGCCUUGGCACUAGACCAUCUCCAUGGUCUUGGAAUUAUUUACAGGGAUCUAAAACCAGAAAACAUUCUUCUUGAUGAAGAGGGACACAUUAAGAUAACAGAUUUUGGUCUGAGUAAAGAAGCUGUGGACCAUGAUAAGAGAGCAUAUUCAUUCUGUGGGACAAUAGAGUAUAUGGCCCCUGAGGUGGUCAACCGACGAGGACACACGCAGAGUGCCGACUGGUGGUCUUUCGGCGUCCUCAUGUUUGAGAUGUUGACGGGCUCAUUACCCUUCCAGGGAAAAGACAGAAAGGAGACAAUGGCACUCAUUCUCAAAGCCAAGCUGGGAAUGCCGCAGUUCUUGAGCAUAGAAGCCCAGAGCCUGCUGCGAGCCCUCUUCAAAAGGAACCCCUCCAACAGAUUAGGUGCUGGAUUCGAUGGAGUAGAAGAAAUUAAACGUCACCCUUUCUUUGUCACUAUAGACUGGAACAAACUGUACAGAAAAGAAAUCAAGCCACCUUUCAAGCCUGCAGUGGGACGGCCAGAAGACACUUUUCAUUUUGAUCCAGAGUUCACAUCUCGGACCCCCACAG